GGCGAGGUCCUGUGGAUGGGGCCCAAGGGCAGCGUCCUCAACGUCGGCAAGCAUACGUACCAGGGCCAGCCCGUCAUCGCCUACUACACCGGCACCGAGGAGCACCCAGGGUUCGGCCGAGGCGUCUACAAGCUGUACGACCAGAGCUACCAGCACAUCGCGACCGUCGAGGCCGGCGGCGAGCUCACCAACCUGACCGACCCGCACGACUUCCAGAUCACGCCCGACGACACGGCCGUCAUCGAGACGUGGAUCCCUCGCGAGAUGGACCUGUCGCCGCUCGGCGGCCCGGUCAAGGGCGGGUUCGCGUUCGACUGCGUCAUCCAGGAGGUCGACAUCGCGACGGGCGAGCUCCUGUUCCAGUGGCGCUCGAUGGACCACAUUCCUCUCACCGAGACGCUGUACGAGCUGCUCGAGCCGGCCGGGACCAAGUCACAGCCCUUUGACGCUCAUCACCUCAACGCCGUGUUCAAGGACGAGUCAGGCAACUUCCUCAUCUCGCUGCGCGGGCCGUCGACCGUCUACUACAUCUCGCGCGAGACGGGCGAGAUCCUGUGGCGCCUCGGCGGCUCCAAGACGAGCUUCAAGAUGGGCGACAACACCGACUUCCACUUCCAGCACCACUCGCGCCUGCACGGAUCGGGCGCGUCGUCGCCUUUCACCGUCACGCUCUUCUCGAACGGCGCCAACCAGUUCCGGCAGACGGCCGACCAGGCGCGAGCGGUCAUCCUCAAGGUCGACACCGACAAGAUGCAGGUCGAGCUCGAGAAGGAGUACCUCCCGUCGUUCAAGAUGCCGUGCCCGAGCGAGGGCAGCAUGCAGAUCCUCGACAACGGCAACGUCGUCGUCGGCUGGGGCAUUCGCCCGCAAUUCUCCGAGUUCACCGAGGACGGCAAGCUCGUCCACGACGUCCAGUUCGGCCAGAUCGACGGCCGGAGCGACCUCGACCACUCGUACCGCGUCUACAAGGCCUCGUGGACCGGUCGCCCUCUCACGCCGCCGUCCAUGGUCCUCGACGAGCACUCGUCGGCGAUGGCCUACGUGUCGUGGAACGGCGCGACCGACGUCGCCUCGUACCGCCUGUACGCCGGUCCCUCGCCCGACACGCUCCUCCCCGCCGCCUCUCCUCUCUCGCCCUCUUCGUCCGAGCCCGAGAACGACAAGCAGGCCCUCGACGCGACGUACGUCGCCAAGUCGUCGUUCGAGACGCGCAUCGACCUGCCGCACGACCCCGAGGCGCGCUUCGUCGCCGUCGUCGCGCACGACAAGCACGGGCGCGC